AUGGGGUCAUUUUCGAAACUUGUGUUCGUCUCUUUUGGAGUGAUUAAUACCGUGAAUGCGUGGGGUGUCUUGGGGCAUGCAACGGUCGCAUAUGUCGCACAACAUUAUUUGUCCUCUGAUACUGCAUCGUGGGCACAAGGGGUUCUUGGCGACACCUCCGAUUCAUACCUUGCAAAUAUCGCCUCCUGGGCAGAUCAAUACCGCCUCACAGCUGCAGGGAAAUGGUCCGCCUCACUGCACUUCAUCGAUGCUCAAGACAACCCACCCAGCGACUGUAAUGUCGACUAUGAUCGCGACUGCGGUGACUCGGGAUGCUCGAUCUCCGCCAUCUCCAACUACACGCAGCGCGUCAGUGAUGGACGAGAAUCGGCAAACAAUACCGAGGAGGCACUGAAGUUUCUCGUUCAUUUCCUCGGUGAUGUAACUCAACCCCUACACGAUGAGGCGUACGAAGUCGGCGGAAACGAUAUCGACGUCACCUUCGACGGAUACAAGGAUAAUCUCCAUUCAGACUGGGAUACAUAUAUGCCUGAGAAACUUGUGAACGGCAGCUCACUAUCCGACGCACAGUCGUGGGCUAACUCGCUCGUUGCGGAAAUCACAUCAGGCGAUUUUAAGUCUCAGGCUGCGAGCUGGAUUGAAGGCGAUACGAUUAGCGAUGUUAUCACGACUGCUUCGCGAUGGGCAUCGGAUGCCAAUUCCUUCGUCUGUACCGUUGUGAUGCCGAAUGGUAGUGCAGCGCUACAGACUGGUGACCUCUACCCGACCUAUUAUAAUUCGGCGAUUGGUACUAUCGAACUUCAAAUUGCUAAGGGUGGAUACCGAUUGGGUAACUGGUUGAAUACGAUUUACAGCUCUAAGAUUGCUAAGCGGGACUUUGAGAGCUUUGUUAAAACUCGCGAUGCUGCUGCUGUUCCUCAGCCUGAUCUGAGUGAUCUUUCUGCGCGUGAAGCUCGUCCCUUGAGUCGUGCUCAGUUGGCUAGAGAGGCCAUGGGGGGAUCAUGCUGCCAGUCGAGAGGACGCGAUGAACACCAGCAUUAG